CCUCCCCACCGGUCAGGGGGUGUUGCUAGUUAAUUACUGUAGUAGUCUCUGAGUGUACAAACAUGUUGUUGUCGGCGGUUUUAUUGGUGUUUUGUAGUGUGGCCAUCACAGGUUCGGAGGCCAAUACUGAAGAGAUCUUCAAUCAGAUUCAAGAGUUGCUGCGAACAAGGCGGUCAGUUUUAGGAGAAAGCGACUACCAGUGCUUUACCUCGGGAGAAUGUGUAUCCGAAUACCAAAUGGAAGGUCUGGUGACCUACAAAGAGGAAGCUUUGUGUACCCGAAGUGAGGAGGGCUGUGGAGAAGGAGUCAUGGUUCUGGAACGAGCCAAGAGGGAGGAAAUGUGCAUGAACAUGGAUGAGGAUAUGGAGUUGUGCAAGAGAUCAGUUGAACCACAACCAGCCUGCGGUAUGGUUAUGGAGAAGAUCGAGGAGAUGGGUUGUGGAGAGAUUAUUGUGGAGAGAAAAGUGAGGAGGAAGAGAGAUAUGUGUGUUGCUUUAAAGAAGAGGUUCUCUGGACUCUGUAGUGGACGGAGAAAGAGAGCUAUCAGUGAUGGGUGUAAUAGAGUCAUGGAAGCAAUGGAAAGUAGUGACUGUGCCAGUGAAGUUGAGUUUCUCAGUAAGAGACAGUCAGGAUGUCCAGAUGGGUGGACAGCAAGACAAGGUGUAUGUUACAAGUACUUCAAGGACCCACUGAACUUUGCAAAGGCCAACAACUUAUGUAAAGGAGCAGCUGCGGACUCGAGCUCUAGGUUGGCUACAAUCCAGUCAAUGUCGGUGGACACACUGGAAGACAGGAAGUUCUUUGACUCUCUGAUUGAGAGUUCCGGAGCAGUGGAGCACAUCGAUUCUGUCCUCUCCACAAUGGACGACAUGUUCGAGGGUAAGAACUGGAAGGAAGUGAUUGAGUAUUAUGAUAACUGGGCUUGGAUUGGAGUGAAGAGCUCAGGGGACGACUGGAAAUGGGCGGUACCCAGUCAGAAAGAGGCUGAUUGGUCCCCAGUUAAGAUAGGUCAAGAUGAUUGGAGGAAGAGCGAACCUUCUCAAGACCAUGACCUGAGAAUGGAUAACGGAAACUGUGGGGUUUACUUCCACAACCGUAAGGAAAGGAUAGACAGCUCUUUAUCGGACAAAACAGACGAGGGAGAAGUCAAGGCCUGGUGGAACGCUAACUGUGAACUGGAGCUGCCUUUCCUCUGUGAAGUCAGAGCUAACUAAUUGGUUGUCAAUUAAUUAGUUGAUAAUUUGACGAACAGCAGUCAACAGACAUGGUAGAAGUUUUGUUUAUUUCACAGAAUAUUACCAAAUUUUGUCCGUGUUCUUGUGUUUACACUUUAAAUUCAGUUUCACUUUAUUACUACUAAAAAACUUUUAGUUGCACGAGUAAUUUCUUUAGCAAUAGAAAAAUAAAUUGAGAAUUUCUGAAGAAACUUUUAAAAAUGUUGUUAUUCUAAAAUUAUUAUUUCGUAUUUAUAACUUUUUGGAGACGAUUUAAAGAAUUUAACCCAGAUGACAACAUGUAAUAUAGAUACUAAAAUAGACAUGCUCAGAAUAGUAAA